GGAAUCAGUUGAGUUAAUGGUGUGAAUUGUGAAGGUUCGGAUUUUUUUAAGCACGGUAUCAAACAAUAUGGGUUCUCUUGUUGCUCUGCUUGUGUUAUCAUUCGUGUCAUAUUCUAGAGCGUAUCAGAUCGACAUAACGGGUGCAAAUGCCCAAUCGUACCAAUCCAUCCAAAAUAGUGAAAACCAAUUUAAGUAUGGCUACCAAGUAAGGAACGUAAACGAUCAGUUCCAGCACAAGCUGAAAAGUGCUGACAACGUAACGUACGGCUGUUACGGCUACACCCAUCCCGCUGGCGAAGGUGUGCAUCGUACUUUCUUCGUUGCCGAUCAGUUCGGUUACCGUACCGUGCUUACCGGUCAACCAACCACCAUAUAUCCUGCCCCCGGAACGAGCCCUGUUUUACGGCAAUGGCAAGAGCUUACGUUUCCAGCGGCUUGCUUGGAAAACGAUAACGCACAAGGAGCCAGAGCAUCUCAAACAGCAAACAAUCCUAUCGUAGACCGUGGACGCAGUGGUUUAGAGUUUGCUUCUUCCAAUCUGCAACCCAUCGUAGACUCGUCUGAUCGUGGGGACAAUGGUAUGAAGUUUGCUGCUACCUAUCUGCGACCCAUCGUAGACUCGUUUGGCCGUGGGCGCAGCGGUUUGGAGUUUGCUUCCACCGAUCUGCGACCGAUCGCCGUACCGUAUGAUCAUGAACAAAGUGAUAUACAGUCUGCUGGUUCUGAGGUAGUUUCUGUAACAGAGUCGGCAAAUCAUGCGGAAAGCACCAACAAAUCUAACCAAUGUUGGCGUCCUUUGGCUGGCGAGAAUGGCAAGUCAUUUAUACAAACUUUAAGGCCGGGCUACAUUGAUCGUACUCUCUGGUGUAAUUUUGAUUUUCAUUAGCGCAUCUGGCGGCGGCUGGAG